GAACAUUUUAAUAUUAAUGUAACUUUUACGAUUUUUAGUCCUACCAAAAAUCUUUAACUAUGCAAUUGGAAUUUAAAGAUAAAAUAAUAGAGAAAUUACAAAACGAGAUGGAUGAAUGCAUAGAAUAUCGUUGUAGAACUGGUCAAAGAAAUUUGGAAUUAGUUAAUACUACAUUAAGUGCAUUUAAAAACGAAAUUGAAAAUAUACAUCGCCAGUAUCAGGCUGAAUUAGAAUUAGCACUACCUAUAGAUUUGGCAGAAUUAGAAGUCAGAACAAAUGAAAAUGAUACUUAUUGGAAGAUGUUAAAAUAUGAUAAAAAAGUGGUACAACUUGAAAUAGAAAGAUGGAAAUCUAACAUUGAAAACAAGCACAUUGAAAAUAUGGAUAUCGAACGUGGAAGGUUUGAAUCGAUUAUGAAUAAAUUUUGUUGGAAAGACUACAUAAUGCAUUACAAGAAUAUGAAAGAUGUAUAUUCUUUUACUUUGGAUGAUUAUUCGGAAAAAACUAAAAAUACAGUAAAAGAAUACCUGAAGUUCAAAACAGUGAACGAACAAUUAUUAGUUACAACAAAAAAAUUAAAAAUUCGAAUCAAAGAUUUAUUAAAUAAAAUAAGUUUUUUGGAAAAAGAUUUAAGCAACCCUAAAAUACUGAAGGAAUUAAAUAUAUUAACACAAAAAAGAGAUGAACUUCAAGAGGGCUUGAAACAAUUCAGAAAUAAGGUUGCAAUUAAUUCAAAGCUCGGUCUUCAACAAAAGUUACUUCUUUGCCAAUCUACCAAACAAAUAAAUAACAAUGUAAACAUUAUAUUGAAGAGGGGCAAAGAUACAAUGAAAUGCAUCAAACUAUGUCAAGAAUUGGAAACAUCUGAAGACAAAGCUAAUAAAAUACCAAAAUUAAAUGAACCUGGAAAUAACGAUGCGAUUGAUCAAUCAAUAAUACUUCAAGAAAUGUUAUCAAAUAUACAGCAUCGUGUAUCCUCUGUAAAGAUUGAGUGUAAAAUGAUUGACGAGAAUAACAAUAAAUUAAAACGUGAAAAUCAAGAAUUACAAAACAAAAUUAGUUGCUUUCUUAUCAAUCAAUGCUAA